AUGUUAGUUUUCCAGUUUGAUGAAAGACAGCGUCUGUCAGUUGAUAAUGAUGGAAGAGAUCAGAGAUUCAGAGAUGAAGCAGAAGCCGAGGCAGAGGCAGCUCUUCUAAAUGGGCUCCUUGAUGUUACUCCUGGAACUAGUGGAAUCUUAGAAAAUCAACUACUGUAUAGAAAAAGAAGAAGGAUUCACGAAGUUUUUGACCGUGAGCUUAUGCCCGAUGCACCUGCACCCCAAGACCCACGAAGAACUACAAAUGCCAGAAUUCAACGUCCACGAGUUGCAGCAGCUGCUGAGGUGGUUCCUCAAAGGAGGCCUCACGGCGAAGUUCUUGACCCUGAGCUUGUGCCCGAUGCACCUGCACGGCAAGCUCAGCGAAGAACUGCAAAUGAGAGAGCUCAACGUCCACGAGUUGCAGCAGCUGCUGAGGUGGUUCCCCAAAGGAGGCCUGACGGCGAAGUUCUUCACCCUGAGCUUGUGCCCGAUGCACCUGCACCGCAAGCUCAGCGAAGAACUGUAAAUGCAAGAGCUCAACGUCUACGAAUUGCAGCUGCUGCUGAGGUGGUUCCCCAAAGGAGGCCUCACGGCGAAGUUCUUGACCCUGAGCUUGUGCCUGAUGCACCUGCACCGCAAGCUCAGCGAAGGACUGCAAAUGCCAGAACUCGACGGCCACGAGUUGUAGCAACUGCUCAGGUAUCGCCCCCCAAGGAGACCUCGUGGCCGUCCACCUCGACGUCUGACCGCACAACAAAAUUUAGUUGCACUCCCAGAGGCUCCAGCAGUACCACCUAUGUUGCAGGAGCCAUAGAACCUGUUGGGGACUCAGAACUCGCAGAUCGCAUAGAAGCUCAAGAUGCUGAAGAAACUGCCGAUCCCACAGAACCUCCUGAGGAACCAGAACUUGCUCAUGCCCCAGCACCUGAAUAUCACGCAGAACCUGUAGUGGCCGCACAAGUUGCUGAUGUAAUACAUCCUGCAGAUUUUGCCAAUUUUGUCCCCGAACCUCUCGAUGCAACUCCAGGCGGAGCAGAAGCUCAUCCAAUUCUGGUUUCUCUAUGA